AAAUCCUAGAAAUAGAAAAGAGAAUAUUAAUCAAGAUAAUGAAAGCGGUAUAAAUAAUGGCAAAGAUUCCAACAAUAGUAAUUUAGCUAAUGUUACUUCAAUCUAUAGUGACAAUGAAAAUUCUAACCAUUGUGUUAAUGCCUCAAUAUAUAGAGCAUCACAAAAUGGUAGUGAUAUUAGUAUGCUUGAUGCCUCCAGAGGUAGUCAACUAUUGGAUACUAUAAAUGAGAAUAGUUAG